AGGCGUUACCACUUCCUUUCUGAGUGAGUUUGCGGACGCGAAGUGUGGAGUGGAGAGAAGUGUCUGUAGUUCGUUUACAACCUGUAACCAUGGCCCCCAGCACGCAAGCGGAUGAUACCGUCUCCGGUGUAAGGAAAGGCAUCCGAGCCAUUCUGCUUGGGCCGCCCGGUGCGGGGAAGGGGACGCAGUCACCCAGGCUUGCAGAGAAGUACUGUGUGUGUCAUCUAGCUACUGGGGACAUGCUGAGGGCCAUGGUGGCAUCUGGAUCAGAGCUAGGUCAGCGGCUUAAGGAAACCAUGGAUGCCGGCAAACUGGUAAGUGAUGAGAUGGUGGUGGAGCUCAUUGAAAACAACCUGGACACGCCUGCAUGCAAGAAUGGAUUCCUGCUGGACGGUUUCCCCCGCACCGUCAAGCAAGCAGAAAUGCUGGACGGCCUCUUGGAGAAGCGUGAUGAGAAACUGGACUCUGUGGUUGAAUUCUCUGUUGAUGACUCUCUGCUAGUUCGCAGGAUCUGUGGAAGGCUCAUCCACCAGGCCAGCGGCCGAUCUUACCAUGAAGAGUUCAACCCUCCCAAAGAGACAAUGAAGGAUGAUGUAACCGGGGAGCCUCUUAUUCGCCGCAGUGAUGACAACGAGACCACUCUGCGCUCCCGACUAGAGUCCUAUCACAAGCAGACGGCCCCUCUAGUGCAGUACUACAGUGCCCGGGGCCUCCACACUGCUGUUGAUGCUUCUCAGCCCCCCGACCUCGUCUUUGCCUCCAUCCUUGCUGCCUUCUCUGCUGCUACCUGUAAAGAUCUUGUUUAUUUUGUCUGAAUCAUCUCUGCAUCCCCUCUUUUCUUCUAUAUGAAAUCCAGUUUCUCCCAUCCAGGUUGAUCCAGAUGUGAAAAUAAUGGAUGGGGGAAAGGGGGGAGCUGGAAGUGUCUCAGAUGUUUAUUUUGAUCAUGCCAUGUAGUGUAUGUGUUUUGUAAUGAACACAGAUUUAACUGAAACCCAGUUGAUUACCUUCAAUAAACGUGGGGACUAUUUUCUACUACCUUA